AUGGUCCGUGUCGCGAAGGGCUCCUUCCAUCGCCUCGAGCAGGUCUUUGAGAGCCUGACGGCGGACCGGCUGAAGAAGGCAGGGGCAGAGAUGCGAGAGACAAAGACUACAAGUGACCCCGAUAUAUCGCUCUUACUCCGUGAGCUGUCUAUUUUUGGUCAUGCGCAGCCGCUCUCAAACGAAAGCCGAUUGCUUAUGCGAAAGAAGAUACAAGCCCUCAUCGGUUGGACUGGCAUGCCAGCGGUUUGGAUUACCAUCAACCCCAACGACAUCAAUAACCCCGUCAAGAUAAGACUCUCGAUCCACAGGCUGCAUGACUAUGACACUGCAUGUGAUCUCUUGGCCGAUCUUCACAACAGUUACGAGAGAAUCGCGCUCAGCAUCAUGGAUCCAGUCAGCGCUGCCAUCUUCUUCCACCGAGAAGUGUCCUCUUCUUCGACAAAUAUGUCAGGGCAGGCGAGGAGUCAGUUUUUGGCAAGAUUAGCCAUUACUAUGCAACGGUGGAGACAAACGAACGAGGCAGUCUGCACUUGCAUGGGCUCCUUUGGUUAG